AUGUCAGGGUCGCCACCAGAGUGGGACCAUGUGCUAAAGGUCCUCGAGGCGACCUUUGGCUUUGCGGGCUUCAAGUCGGCUGAACAAGAAGCUGCUGUGCGUGCUGUCCUCCACGGUGGGCAGGACGUUUUUGUCUGCUUUCCGACAGGUGGUGGCAAGUCCUUGACCUACCAGCUGCCGGCCGUCGUCCUGGGCGGGGUGACGCUCGUCAUCUCGCCUUUGCUGGCCCUGAUUGAGGAUCAAGUCACUGCAUUGCAGUCCCUAGGCGUACAUGCUGCCACCAUCAACUCGCGCACUCCGCGCGCUGAGCGAUUUGAUCUCCUGCAGCAACUGCGAGCCCGUCCCUGUCCACUUCGCCUGCUCUACCUGACUCCGGAAACACUGCAGACGGAUGAAAUGCAGCAGCUCAUUCAAGCUCUGUAUGAUGAUUCUGUCUUACGCCUCAUGGCAGUGGACGAAGCCCACUGUGUCUCGGAAUGGGGUCAUGACUUCCGUCCCGCCUUUCGUCGCCUCGCCGUCCUCCGCCGCCUCUGCCCCACUACCCCGGUCAUGGCUUUGACUGCCACUGCACAAGCUCAGGUUCAAAGCGAUAUCAUCACCACACUCAAGCUUCGCAACCCUGCCGUAGUACGUCGCAGCACCUACCGCGACAACCUCACCCUAGAAGUGCGCAUGAAGGACAUGUACCCAAACCUGAUGGGUGACAUUACCACUUUUAUCGAAGCUCAGCACGAAGCUGCUACUGCCCGUGGCCAAGCUGCCUCUGGCAUUAUCUAUGCCUUUCGCCGCGAGGACUGCGAGGCCGUUGCAGGUGCUGUGCAGCGACACCUGACCCGCGCUGGAAUUCGCUGUGCUGCAUACCAUGCGGGUCUCAACGCCGAAGAGCGGAAUCGCAUUCAGCACGAAUGGACGGUGGGUCACAUCCACGUCGUAGCUGCGACCAUCGCCUUUGGCAUGGGUAUUGAUAAAGCCAACGUUCGCUACGUGGUGCACGCUACCAUGAGCAAGAGCCUCGAGGCUUACUAUCAAGAAGCCGGGCGAGCCGGGCGCGAUGGCCAACCUGCCGUCUGUCGGCUCUACUAUGCCCAAAGCGAUAUGUCACUCUUCCAGUAUUUGCAGCAAAAAGAGGCAAAGUCCCGCCAAAACAAGGAGCAACCCGAUCGAGGAGAUCACCUGCGGCAUAUGCAACACUAUUGCCUCGCCGCUACCUGUCGCCAUGCAGUCAUUGCCCGGCAUUUCGGGGAGGCCCUGUCGCCCUGCCAAACACGUUGUGACUGCUGUCGUGAGCCCGAGUCUGUACAGAAGCAACUUCGGUGCGUUGCCGGUCCCAGUUUGUCCCCCUUGUCUUUAAGCACGUCGUAG